GGGAAGGCCUCCAUCAGUUGUAAGCAAGAGUGUGAGUGCUCUUGAUAUUUCUGGAAAGGAGAAAUCGGCAAAACCUCCACGAAGGCUCUCCAUACCUACUAAACCUAUUACGAGCCCUCGACAGGUCCCUUUUGGAAGUAUAACUCCAAUAUCAGAGACCCGAAUGAAGAGAUCAAACACCCCAGGGAAAAGUGAUACUCCCGUCUCUGAUGUAUCAAAGUCUAUGAGCAGGCGAAAGUUUAGCGUGAUAUCUUCAGUCUCUUAUUGGUUAGCACAGAUCAAACUGUCAGAGUCUGCCUCCAAGCACUCAAUCUCACUUGGUUUCUUCAAGCUUGCAAUGGAGUCAGGAUGUGAGCCUUUGGAUCGAGUGCGAGAUGAGCUUAAAUCAUAUGUAUGCAGACACAACCUGGUAGCAGAGCUAGGAGAGCCUGCAAAGGAUUUACUCCAGAUGUACAACAUUGUAGAAGAUCUUGAACAUUUGAAGGUUUCUGAGAGCUGUUCUCAGUUACCUGUAGAGAGAAACCAGUUUUCAGACAAAGCUCCUCGCAGCUCCACUGCUUCCAAAAGUAGGAAUCUGAAACCGAAGUCACUGAAUCCAAACACUCGGGCAGUUGCAGAGUCAAAUAAGCGAGAGAGUAUUCAGCAGAGAAAACCUGCAUAUAAGAAGAAGGGAUCCAGCAAUGAGAGCCCAGUGUAUGCUGUGUCUGUGGACGAUACUAAUGGUAGUAAUGCACAGAAAAAAUUUCGGCAGCCAAGAAAGAUGGAAUCUAACGGGGGCAAGGGGAAGAUCAAAAGCUCGCCAAAGAAGUCAAUAUCCGAAACAGUUGAUGCAGCUGAUCCUUUGCCUAUUGAGGAGACAUCUUACGAAGACAAGGAGAACAUGAAUACUCAGCUAAUUGAAGGAGCAAGGAUUGAGGAGGAGACUCAGACAAACUGAGCCAGUAACUUCAGAUUCAAAUUUUUAUUGCCGAAUGUGAAGAUGGGUUGUGUUUUCCUGUCCGUUACUACAGUUUGCUGUUGAUAUGUGAUUAAAAGUUCUAUUUGAUAUUUUAAACUACACAAAGGGAUAAGGAGAGACGUGUAUUAAUAUUGUUGUGUGAUGCCAGGGUUGUGCUUGCACUAGUUGGUUUUGUUUGUAUUACUUGAUCAACUCGAAGUGGUGUUGAUUUCUAUAUAUAAGCAUUACAUAUAGGAUUUUUUAUUUCUUUGUUUUUUCCGUUGUGAUAUUUGUCGAAAGCAAUAAAAUUCUUAAAUGUUAGGUUACAAA